CAGAUGACUGUUAAUUUCUGUAAAAGAUCGUAUUGAUAAAAAAGGAAUGUUAAUUAAUUUUUAUUAAAUCGCUUUUAUGUAAACUGACCAAGACUAAAAUCAUUAAAUUCAGUAGUUGUUGUCAGAAAAAGGAUAGCAAUGUUUUGUCAACAUAACCUUUUACGUUAGUACUGUCACAACAUUGGUUUUAUCACAAAGAAUUUUUAAAUGAAUUUCUGAAUGGACUGGUAAUGAAUUGAUUUGACAUUUAUAAAAGUUUAUAAACAAUGGGUGAUAAAGAAGAAGAAAUUCCUUCACAAGAAGCUAGUGAAAAUGCUGGAGACAAUGCAUCAAAUAAUAAACCAGCAGCUGAAGAAGCUGAAAUGGAAUCGUUGAAACAAACACUGUCUGAUACUAAUUUAUCAGGAGCUGAUGGAUCUCAAUCUGCACCAAAGGAUAAAACGAAAAUUGACAUUUUAUUGAAAGCUACUGGCAACGCUCCGAUAAUGAAAAAAAAGAAAUGGGCAGUGAGUCCUGAACAGCAUAUCGGAUGGAUAUCUGAAUUUAUUAAAAAGUAUUUAAAACUUGACGCAAAUGAAAGAUUGUUUCUGUAUAUUAACCAGACAUUUGCUCCAGCACCUGACCAAACAGUCAAAAAUUUAUACGACUGUUACGGAACAGAUGGAAAAUUAAUAAUUCACUACUGCAAAAGUCAAGCAUGGGGUUGAAAUAAACAUUUAUUAUUUAAUAUAAUUUAAUCACUAAGCUAUUAAAAUAAAAUGAUAAUAUAAGGAUAA